GAAAUAUUUCCUGGUUUCUCUGGUGUUGGUGAUGUCACGGUGACAUCACUGGGUUAAACCCAGCUGAGGGGUUUUCUCUUGAGUUCCAAUGUUUAGUUUGGUUUAUUUUAAGCAUUACCUUAAGGAUGUCUUGAGAUUACUAAUCUAUACAAAUUCAUUGAAUCAAUUCUUUGAUAAAAUCAUUUCUCAUCUGAAUGCAUUUGCAAGUCAGAAAAAAGCUUCAGUGUGGUUAAAAAUACCAAAUGUACUGUGAUUUGUAUUUAAUAAAACAUAUAUUUUCACGAUAUUCCCAGAGGGCCCGACUGAGGGCGCCUGUCAAUGAUGGUGGAUCGCUCAAUAUAAAGCUGUUUCAACUUUCAGAGUUAAGAUGUCCCGUAUGAGUCUGGGAUGGUAAAAUCAACCAUUUCAACCAUGGAUCGAGUCGUUGAUGUCUCUUGUUAUUUCAGCUGCAAAUUGCAGUACAACGCGCUCACGUUGUUAGCGUGGUAUGACGUCAUCACGUGAUCCUGUCGACAACUCAGCUGUUGUGAUGGUGCUUUCACGUUCCACAGGAAACAUUGUGAGUACAAGGCAACCUGGAAAAAAAGACCAAGAGGACCAAAAGCUCGUUCCUCGUUAUCAUGUCCCAGAUGAGGGGAUGUCAUUCUGUGUAAAAGCAUCAACAUUCUCCUAAAUAUAGCAAAGCACAUAACUGGUAUUCCGUAUUUCUGGAAUAGCUUUUUUAUUAUGGAGGAGUAGGUGACAAAAUCUAUUUGGAGCGGGGAAUUGCUUUUGAUAGCUACUACACGCAUUUUUGAAAACGAGACAAAUAGCACAGAAAACUGUAAAGCACUCCCCAAUGGAUGAUUUAUGUGUUUAAAAUGUGGAUACUUGAAUUUCACAAGAUAAUAAUAUGUUUGGGCACUUCGGGGUUUUCGGUCCUUCAAUGAACAGAGAAGUACAAGCUUUGGAGGAGUAUUUGAAAGCAGCACGGGACAAGUGAAGGAAAAAGAGGAAGAAAUCCACGUAGCCUAUCUUGCAUCGUAACAGCCCAGCCGUGUAAUGUCCUCAAUGUGUACGUUUAUUUAGGGAAACGCUGCUUUCAGCUGAGCGGAUAACGGUGUUCAUAGUGGCGGGGUAACGACAACCACAACCCACAGUGCUCCUGUUUGCUGAAAGGGAGAGGACUAAAAUGGAGCUGGAAGACGGGGUUGUGUACCAGGACGACCCGGGGACAUCAGCGAUGAUGUCUGAGCGGGUAUCGGGCCUGGCCAACUCCAUCUACCGCGAGUUCGAGAGGCUCAUCGGCAAAUACGACGAAGACGUGGUGAAAGAGCUGAUGCCGCUGGUCGUGGCCGUCCUGGAAAACCUGGACUCGGUGUUCGCGGAGAACCAGGAGCACGAAGUGGAGCUGGAGCUGCUGAAGGAGGACAACGAGCAGCUCAUCACCCAGUAUGAGCGGGAGAAAGCGCUGAGGAAACACGCAGAGGAGAAGUUCAUUGAGUUUGAGGACACUCACGAGCAGGAUAAGAAGGACCUGCAGAACCAUGUGGACAGAAUGGAGUCCCACUCCCGGCAACUCGAACUCAAGAUCAAGAACUAUGCAGACCAGAUUGGCAGGUUAGAAGAACGCGAAUUGGAGCUCAAGAAGGAGUACAACUCCCUCCAUCAGCGACACACAGAGAUGAUCCAUAAUUAUAUGGAGCACGUAGAGAGGAUCAAAAUGCAGCAGAUCAGUGAGACUUCUGAGUCAAGCGCGGUCGGCCGAGUCAGGAGAGAGCGACCUCUUUCUUUGGGGAUCUUCCCGUCAUCUGGUGGGAUGUCUCUGCUGACGCCAGACCCUCAGACCAGGGCAGAGACACUGAACACAGAGAGCUGGAGGUUCACAGACCCAGCACAACCACGGUCCAACGCUAGCCUCAAGCAGUUGGACUUUGUCGACCCCCCGAAGGAAAGGGAGGGUAAGAGUGUGCAGGACUCUACAUGGGGGAAUUCACUGGCAGACGACUGCAAGGAUGAACUAUCGGAUUUCACCGGCUCCAAAUCGGCCACACCAAUGUCCACCACAGCCUCAGAUAUGGAGAGGGAAGAUGGGAACAGUAAGAGCACGGAGGUGCAGGCUGCACCGGGGACCAGAUCCAUAUCAGUGGGCUUGCCUGAAAAUGAAGACAGCUCAGAUGUGCAGGACAUCAUUGAGUCCACCCCUGAGCUGGACAUGGAUCUCAUUGGAUUCAAGCCUUGCAGUACUCCUACUAAAGGCAUUGAGAACAUGGCAUUUGACCGCAAUACAGACUCUCUGUUUGAAGAGCUGUCAUCUGCGGGCACUGGGCUCAUAGGGGAUGUGGACGAAGGGGCUGACCUUCUGGUGGAGUACUCUGGUAUGGGCCGAGAGGUUGAAAAUCUCAUUCAGGAGAAUUCACAGCUGCUUGAGACAAAGAAUGCCCUGAACGUGGUGAACAAAGACUUGAUAUUGAAGGUGGACGAGCUGACCUGUGAGAAGGAGAUGUUGCAGGGCGAGCUGGAGGCUGUGCUGCAGGCCAAAAGCAAGAUGGAGGACAGAAACCGAGACCUGGAGGAGGAACUCAAAAAACUGCGACUUGAGGUGGAGGAAGUGAAGAACAAGAAUAAAGAUGAAGAAGAUAGUGAUGUACCUACAGCCCAGAGGAAGCGCUUCACCAGGGUGGAAAUGGCCAGAGUGCUGAUGGAAAGGAACCAGUACAAAGAAAGACUGAUGGAGCUCCAGGAAGCUGUGCGGUGGACAGAGAUGAUCAGGGCCUCAAGAGAAAAUCCAACGCUCACAGAAAAAAAGAGAUCCAGCAUCUGGCAGUUCUUCAGCAGACUAUUUAGCUCCUCCUCCAGUACCGUCGCUGUGAAGAAGGUGGAGCCCCAGUCCAGUGCGAAAUACAACCCCCCGGGUAGCCUGGUGAAGAGGAGUAGCACCUUCUCACAGUUUCCAACAGAGAAGUCCAAGACUUUUGACUUCCUCAAUGAAGAAAAGGACCAGUGCAGUUCCCCGUCGCGUAAGGAGCAGAAGAGAGCCCAGUACAGACAGGUCAAGGCCCACAUGCAGAAGGAGGAUGGGCGAGUCACUGCACACGGCUGGAGUCUGCCCAGCAAAUACAAGGUGGCAAAUGGUGGACAGGCGGAGAACAAAAUUAACUUGCCUGUACCGGUAUACCUGAGACCUCUGGAUCAGACAGAUGCUUCUAUGAAGCUGUGGUGUGCUGCAGGGGUCAACCUGUCUGGGGGAAGGACGGUACCCACAUCAGAGCUCAUUAAGCACGCAAAGGGUUCUCGGAAUAGCUUGGACCAGUUAGAGCAGGACGCUAAGGAUCAGGAGAAAGGAGAGCAGGAGAAGGAGCUGGUCCUUCAGGACGAGAUGUCCAGUAGGGUGUGGGUGUGCACCAGCACUCACUCCUCCACCAAAGUUAUGGUGCUGGAUGCCAGUCAGCCCUCUGACCUUCUUGACAGCUUCUACGCCUGCAACACGCACGUGGUGUGCAUUGCCAGUGUGCCAGGUGUGUUGGAGAGUGAUUACCCGGCAGGUGAGGAGGUACCCCAAGACCUGGAGGCUAACCAAGGUGAUGGCGUGUCACUGGCCGGCAGUGUCGCCAGUGUGGGCUCAACAGGCAGUGACGGUGCCAUGGCAGCAGAGGGGACCACCGCCAUCCCCCAGACGGCCAGCUCAGGUGUGACUGACCAGCCGGCUGAGCACAGUGGCAUCUCUGGCUCAGUUGAGCUAUCCAGGGAGACCAGUCCAGCAGAAGAUGGUGUUCCUACUGCAGAAGAAGCUAUGGAAGCGACAGAGGCUAACGCUGGUGUGGGCGAAGAAGGAGAGGAGGACCAGGGAGCAGAUCAAAACCAGCCAGGAAUCUACACAGAGCAUGUGUUCACCGACCCACUGGGGGUGGGACCCACUGACUCCUCUCCUGCUGACGCACAGAGGGGCUCCGGGCAGGAUGGUGUGACUUCUAUGCCAGAAGACUCAGGCCCGUCUGAGGGGGAGGUCUUUAGGAUGAGCAGCGCCCUCCCCACCAUGUGGCUGGGGGCUCAGAAUGGCUGUCUGUAUGUCCACUCGUCUGUGGCUCGAUGGAGGAAGUGUCUCCAUGCCAUCAAGCUGAAAGACUCCAUCCUCAGCAUAGUGCAUGUUAAAGGGAGAGUCCUUGUAGCAUUGGCUGAUGGGACAAUAGCAAUUUUCCACAGAGGCAUUGCAGACGGUCAGUGGGAUUUAACCAACUACCAUCUGUUGGAUCUGGGCCGGCCCCACCACUCUAUCCGCUGCAUGACGGUAGUCCAUGACAAAGUGUGGUGCGGCUACAGGAACAGGAUCUACGUUAUCCAGCCUAAGGCCAUGAGGAUAGAGAAAUCGUUUGACGCUCAUCCUCGCAAGGAGAGUCAGGUGCGACAGCUGGCCUGGGUUGGAGACGGGAUCUGGGUGUCCAUCCGACUGGAUUCAACUCUCCGCUUGUUUCACGCACACACCUACCAGCACCUCCAAGACGUGGACAUCGAGCCCUAUGUUAGCAAGAUGUUGGGUACGGGUAAACUGGGAUUCUCGUUUGUUAGAAUCACUGCUCUGACGGUGUCCUGCAGCCGACUAUGGGUGGGGACAGGAAACGGCGUCAUCAUCUCUAUUCCGCUGUCUGAAGCCAAUAAGACUACGGGAUCAGUGCUAAAUCGGCCAGGAAGUGCCGUCCGAGUUUACGGUGAUGACAGUUCAGACUGUGCCAUGUCAGGCAAUAUCGUGCCAUACUGCUCCAUGGCCCACGCCCAGCUGUGUUUCCAUGGACAUCGUGAUGCUGUCAAGUUUUUUGUGACCGUGCCAGGUCAGGCGAUGCCCCCUCCUGGCACUGCAGAUUCAGGCUCAGAUGACCCUGCAUCUGAAUCCUCCGACACAGUGACCACAGAGCCCAAAACAUACCUGGUCAUGAGUGGAGGCGAAGGCUACAUCGACUUCAGAAUGGGUGAUGAAGGCAGCGAGUUGGACGGUUUAUCAGAGCCAACAGCCAGCCAGCAGUCAGUACCUACCAAGGCCGAGCGGAGCCACCUCAUCGUCUGGCAGGUCACAAUGGCUCAUGAUUAAAAAAAAAAAAAACACCCAAAAAACAAAAAUAAAUGACUAAAUCACAGACUGUUGUGUCAACGUCAGGGCCGCCCACCAACCCCUGCAUGCCCUUCUUUAAGGUUUUAAUUUGAUAUUACUGAUUGUUCUUAAUGCCUGAGUAGUUGACUACUUUGUAAAAGAAAAAAAAAUAUUCUUUUUAGUCCAUGUUUUGUACAGUUUAUUCUUUGUGAAUUUUAAAUGGGUAAGGUGAGGUUUAUGUUAACUUAAAAGGAUAUGUCCAAGUGUCCCGCUCUGCUGAGUUGCAUGUUGUAGCUGGUGCACACAGGAAAAAGGCCAAGUCGAUGUGACUAAAGGUUGAUCAGGUAACGUGUGGACGUUGUUUGUCUCCCGGAUGUCAAAGAAGUGUUUAGAUGUGAAAGAUAAAAGGGAAAAAAAUGUGUCAAGCAGUGAAAAGGGAGUUUUUGAGUUGAAUUUUAUAUUAUACACAUUUACAUGUUUAAAACACAUGUCUGGACACGUGUGAGUUUCAGGUGUGUGUAGGCAUUCACUAAGUUUAGUCUCUUCCUGCGUUAAGCAUUUUCAUCUUCUUUACCUUUAAGACCAGGUGUCAAAAUAUGAUGCCCACAAUUUCACAUGUAUUCGAAAUUUCAAAAGGUUCAGUUUUUCGAAUGUUUUUUCUGAGGCUGAUUACUCAGCUGCAAUAUCUGAUUAUUAGAAAAGCAGCUUGCACGUAGCAGUGGUAAAUUAAAUGUGCUUUUACUCAGCAAAAGGCUGUAGGAUGAAGAAGGUCAUAUUUAUAUUGAAGGACACCAAGCCCUGUUCGCAACAGGUUAAUGUUUUUGUGAUAUAAAUAAUGACUGAGCAAUUUGGGUUCCUAAAGGUUUCCUGUGACUAGAAGAACCACUUUACUGUACUGUAGGUUAGCAUUAGCCUGCAUGGGGAAAUCCUGUAUCCACGUCCAAGUGUGCUUGUGUGUGUGUGUGUGUGUGUGUGUGUGUAUUCAGAAGUUUCAGACGCUCAGAUGUUUUAAAGCUAAAGCGUCAUCUGUUGCGUGGGGAAAAUCUGCCCGUGCCAUCAGCGUGGUACUUCCUGUUUGCUUCAGCUCAUUGGCACUUUAAAAUGUUUCAUGUUAGUUGCUCGAGGUUUGGAAGAAUACUCCUCUGUAAUGUACACUACGAUACUGUGCGCUAAUUAUGUGAAGGAAAUAAAAUGUACAAAUUCCUAGCGAGAUGUCACCUCAGUAACCAAAGCACGAAAGAAGAAGCACCAUGAAACUGAUUAUUUCCAACUUUCAGCAUCUUGUGUUUUAUUAAUUUGAGUCUUUUCAGGGUGUCAUGUGGGAAAUGAGCUUGAAUAUGGGAAUUUGACUAAAAAUAACAUUAUUUUAUGUGGUACCUUUUAAUGGAUAUGCACACAGCACUAAAGAGAGUUUCUUCUGAAUGCUUCAUCAUUCCUUGUUUUGUUUUUACAAGUACAUCUUAUGUUGUCAUUUUGGGCGUCAUACACGUUUUGUAUUCAUGUGUGAGACACUUAUAUUAAGUAAUGAGUAUUUUGAUGAUGACUGUAAACCACAAUAGCAGGAUACCAAUAUUAAGCAGCUGUUUUAAUUUGUUUUUAUAUCAGAUUGGUCUUCAGUCCAUUUCAAAAGAGUAACUUUAUAUUGUGUUUUUGCCAUUCCAGUAUUUAUUUCCUUUGUAAUUGAGCCUAUAUUGGUUCAGAAUGUAACUUUCUACAUGAACAAAAUAUAAUGGAAGGCCAUUAUAGUCCAGUAAGUUUACAUGAUUGUUAAUAAUGGUUAAAUAAAAGAAAGUAAUGUAAUCAUGUCGGAAAAUGUGCAAACAAUAACUCGGUUUUUGAACAACACAUUCAUGUACUAAGCUAUGCAUGUUUUUUUAAGAGAACACACACGGCUAUGUUGUCAGCUAAAUCUCUGUUUAUUGCCACCGUUUUGGGUGGGGUGGAUGUCUAGGUGUGUGUGUGUUUGUGUGUACAGUACUUGUGUUUGAAUGCAAGACACAUUUGUCAGUGUGUGUUUGAUUUUGCAAACAUGCGAUGUGCGUGUGCUCACUUGUGCGUCCAUCUGUAAUACCACAAACCACAUUUUACCUGUUGUACCGGGUGUAUCUGGAUGCCAUAACGGUGGUUCCUCCUGGUCGAUGUUUGCUAAAACAGCAUCAUAGCCUUAUUUUUAACAAUCUAUUAAACUCAGUUUCAUGGAG